UCAACACACUAAAUAUAUUCGUCGAUUCAUUUCGAUCUCAAACAGAGAAACCAGGAAAGCUCCAUCCAUGGCUGUCCCUACCAAGUUGCCUCUCCUCCUCUUUGUCUCCUCUCUCCUCCUCCAUGCAGCUCUAGCUGAGAUUAUAUGCGAGGAGAUACCGAACGACAUGUGCGCGUUCGCCAUCGCGUCCUCCGGGAAGCGGUGCUUGCUGGAGACCUUCGCGUCCGGGGACGGCGAGGUGGAGUACCAAUGCAGGACGUCCGAGGUGGUUGUGGAGAGGAUGGCCGGGUACGUCGAGACUGACGAGUGCGUCCGGGCAUGCGGGGUCGACCGGCGAUCGGUCGGGAUCUCGUCCGACGCCCUCCUCGACCGGCGAUUCACCUCCAGGCUCUGCGCUCCCCAGUGCUUCCAGAACUGCCCCAACAUCGUUGACCUCUACUUCAAUUUGGCUGCCGGAGAAGGGGUGUACUUGCCGGAUCUCUGCGAGGCGCAACGCGCGAACCCUCACCGCACCAUGAUUGAGUUCUUGAGCUCCGGAGCUGCCCCCGGCCCCGCGUCGGCUGAGUCGUCCACGCUCUUCGCCAUGGCCCCAUCUCCUGAUUCCCUGUGAUGACUGACGAGAGAGACAUACAAAUUUUUCACGCGUGUUUUUGAAUUAUUGUGGGUUUGGCUCUGGUGAUUACAUGUUGAAGGAGGAAUAAUAAUGAACCCAAGACACACACACACACACACACACACACACACACACAUAUAGGCAAAAAGGAAUGGGCUAUGUACUAUACCCCGUAACUGUGGAGUGCUUUUGGGAUUUGCUCCAAUUUUUCUAAUUCAGAAUAAGAUUCGAGGCAUCAUAAUUUUUUUGA